AUGUCAAGAAAUUCUGAUUCUCAAAGUCUUUAUUUGCCAAAUUCUAAGAGUGUUGGAAGACUUCCUGGCAUUAUUUGGAGACAAAAAGAUAUGCAGAUAAGUAAGCAUGUAAAUCCUUUGGCAACUUCUGAUUCUUCAAAUGUUCAUAUAAUCUAA